AUGAGCAGCUGGAGAAGUCUCCUUCUUCGAAUCGGAGACAAGUGCCCCGAUUAUGGCUCCAGCUCCGACUUCAAAGAACACAUUGAAACUUGCUUCGGUGUUAUUCGGCGCGAGUUGGAGCACUCUUCUAACGAUAUUUUAUCUCUACAAAGUACUGGAGAGAGGAAUUUGAAUAGAAAAGUGAGGAAGUCAUGGUUGCAAAAUCCGUUUGAUCUUUUGAUGGAUCAAUGUGAUGCACUUUCUAACAUGAACUCUGUUCCUAAUUCGAACAUUUAUGGAUUUAUUUCCGGUCCUGAAAGCUCAGUUGGCCUAUUGAACUUGGAGAAUGAGGACUUUGUGAAAGAAAUAGUGGAGACAGCUCAAGCUAAUUUUCAGGAUGCCUUAGAUUUUGGAAACUGCGACAGGAUUCGCAUUUUGAUGCGCUUUCUUACUGUUAUGAUGUGCAGUAAAGUUCUCCAACCUUCUUCUCUGUUGGUUGUCUUUGAAACAUUGUUAUCGUCUGCUGCCACAACAUUGGAUGAGGAGAAAGGAAAUCCUUCCUGGCAAGCCCGUGGGGACUUUUAUGUAAGCUGCAUUUUAUCCUGUCUUCCGUGGGGAGGGUCAGAGCUUAUUGAGCAAGUUCCUGAGGAGAUUGAGAGUGUCAUGGUUGGUAUAGAAGCUUAUUUGAGCAUUAGAAGGCACAAUUCUGACACCGGUUUGUCUUUUUUUGAGGAUGAUGAUGAAUCUGGGAGUGGUGUUGUUGAAAAGGAUUUCUUGGAAGAUUUAUGGGGUCGGAUUCAAGUACUAUCUAGCAACGGAUGGAAAGUUGACAGUGUACCCAGACCUCAUCUCUCGUUUGAAGCUCAGCUGGUUGCUGGGAAGUCUCAUCAGUUUGGGCCCAUCAAUGCUCCCGAGCAACCUGAGCCGCUUUCAGAAGUUUCUGGGGUACUUUAUGGUAAACAGAAGCAUGAUGCAGAGUUGAAGUAUCCUCAAAGGAUACGCAGGCUUAAUAUAUUUCCUGCCAGUAAAACUGAGGAUAUGCAACCUAUAGAUUGCUUCGUUGUGGAAGAGUACUUGCUGGAUGUGCUUUUGUUGCUCAAUGGAUGUCGAAAGGAAUGUGCUUCGUUCAUGGUUGGCCUGCCUGUACCCUUUCGUUACGACUAUCUAAUGGCAGAGACUUUAUUCUCUCAGGCUCUUCCUGGAGCCUUCCCUGGAGUUGUAGCUGGUGCAGUCCGUGCACUUUUUGAGAAAAUAGCUGAUUUAGAUAUGGAGUGUCGGACAAGGCUCAUCCUUUGGUUUUCACACCAUCUGUCAAACUUUCAAUUUAUCUGGCCAUGGGAAGAGUGGGCUUAUGUUUUAGACCUACCUAAGUGGGCCCCACAGCGCGUGUUUGUUCAAGAGGUCUUGGAGAGAGAAGUCCGUCUUUCAUACUGGGACAAAGUUAAGCAGAGCAUUGAGAAUGCACCUGCUUUAGAAGAGUUGCUCCCACCAAAGUGUAGUCCAAACUUUAUAUACAGCAUCGAAGAUGGUAGAGAAAGAACUGAGCAGCAUGCCCUGUCUGCAGAGCUCAACAACAAGGUGAAGGGAAGGCAAACUGCCCGAGAAAUAAUUUCAUGGGUAGAAGAAAGUGUAUUUCCCAGUCAUGGUUGGGAAGUUACCCUUAAAGUGGUUGUACAGACCCUUCUUGAUAUUGGUUCUAAAAGUUUCACUCAUUUGAUGACUGUUUUGGAGAGAUAUGGCCAAGUUAUUGCACGAAUUUGUCCUGAUCACGAUAAGCAGGUCAUGCUGAUAGCUGAAGUUAGUUCCUACUGGAAGAACAAUGGUCAAAUGACUGCCAUAGCAAUUGACAGAAUGAUGGGUUAUCGGCUAAUUUCUAAUUUGGCAAUUGUGAAAUGGGUCUUUUCUCCAGCAAACAUUGAGCAAUUUCAUACAUCUGAUCGCCCAUGGGAGGUUCUUAGAAAUGCUAUCAGCAAGACUUAUAAUCGUAUAUCUGAUCUAAGAAAUGAGAUAUCAUCUCUUAAGAAGAGUGUUGUAUCAGCUGAAGAAGCAGCGACGAAGGUAAAAGCAGAGUUAGAUGCUGCUGAAUCAAAGCUCUCUCUGGUGGAUGGUGAGCCUGUUCUUGGUGAUAACCCUGUGAAGUUGAAGCUCUUGAAAGCAAAUGCUGAAAAGGCAACAGAGGAAGAGGUGUCUGUACGUGAUUCUUUGGAAGCCAAGGAGGCUCUUCUUACUCGGGCUCUUGAUGAAAAUGAGGCAUUGUUCCUCUCUUUGUACAAAAACUUCUCAAAUGUGUUGAUGGAACGCUUACCUGAUCCAUCUAAAGCUCGAUCAUUGCCGGAAUUGAAGUCAAUUCAAGCAGAUGAAAUGGCUGUUGACCUUGAAGAAUCAUCAGUAAUGGAAGUGGAUAAUGAGAGUGGAAGACCCGACAAAAGUCAGUCGAAUGGAGGAAAGGCUAGCAACAUCUACAAUGUGGGAGAGAAAGAGCAAUGGUGUUUAUCAACUCUCGGCUAUGUUAAGGCUUUUGCAAGGCAGUAUGCUUCUGAGAUAUGGGCUCACAUUGAGAAGCUAGAUGCAGAUGUAUUCACAGAAAAUGUGCAUCCUCUUUUCAAGAAAGCAUUUUAUUCUGGUUUAAGUCGGCCAAUCAAUGAUGUAUCAUCUGGUCACGUAGUUGGUGGGGAAAAUGCUAUAAAAUCCUUUGGGAAAGGAGGAGAGGUGAAGGCACUUGUAGAUGAGACCAAAUGUGAAGGUGGUGCCUCUACAAAAUCGCAAGCAAGGGCAUUGUGCGCCAGGAAAAGGAAGACGAGGGAGAAAGAUCCAAUAUGA